AACACACUGUUGCAAGGACUGAACACACAGUGGGGAUAUUGAAAUCAUCGGACUACAAACACGUCUUUUCUCACAGGGAUUAUUUUUUGCGAAGAUGGUUCCAGAUGAAAGCUUUGUGUCCAUCGAAAACAGGAUGCAGUCGGUAGGUCUGGCUCUGGAGGAGUUGCUGGUGACAGCUCAGAAACAAGACUGCCUAACUAUUGGCAUCUAUGAAUCUGCUAAGCUUCUUAAUGUAGAUCCAGACAGUGUGGUCCUGUGUGUCGUGGCAGCCGAUGACAAAGAUGAUGUGGCGCUGCAGAUCCAUUUCACCCUGUUACAGUCAUUCUGUCUCGACAGCGACAUCACCAUCCUACGAGUCUCAGGGAUUCAGCGGCUCCAGCAGUUGCUGGGAGCAGCGAAUACCAAGAGAAACCAGGAAGAGCAUGGCGACUUUCACUGCAUACUGGUUACGAACCCUCAGGCUGACCACUGCAGGCUGCAGGAGGUGGGCACCUACUGCCAGGAAAGCCGGCGUCUUCACCAGUGGGUAGCUGAACUGGUCCUGCAGGAACGCUGAAGGUCCUGGCUCCCGCUUACAUCAACAAACAUGGGAGCUUUCUGGGUGCAGAUACUGAUGAACUGAAGGAUCAUCAGGGAUGACCUGGAAUGGACUGAGAGGGGCUGUCCAGAUUGAUGACAAGCAGGAACCAAGGACUCCCUGUCAUCGUCUAGUGAAAGUGGAGUGGAGCUGAAAACGUUUUUUAUGAUCUUUUCUGUGCAAAAGAUAUCACCAAGCAGAUUCCCAUCAAGGCCACAGUGUAUUUACAUUGUAAAACUAAAUCAAAGCUUCUCUUUUGCACCUUUGUAUGGCCACUCAGAAUAGAAUAGAAUGAAUGUAUGUUACACACACAAGGAAUUUUUCUUCUGGUAUAGAACUGAAGGCAGCCAUCUACAGCGCCAACUCAACCGAUGGCUCUAACCAUCGGGGACAAUACGGGGCUGGGGGUGGGGGGGUGUUCAGUGUCUUGCCCAAGGACACUUCGACACGUGGGCUGCCGGCACCAAGAUUAGAACCUCCAACCUUGUGGUUGGGAGACAACUGCUCUACCCACCGCACCACAGUCGCCCAAAGAAAAUGACAUUAAUCACUAUGAGGAAUAGUAGCUUUGAAAACAAAACCUCCACACCCCAGCUGGCACCUGUGUGUCUGUGGAGUGGACAGGAAUGUUGUGGUGAAACUAUGCCCAACAUUCCUAGCUAUGCUGAAGCGGGAGACACCUUGGAGAGAAGGUGUGUGUGAAUGUGUGGUAUGCGUGGACACUACUUGUGGCUUUCUUUAGAAAAGAAUAGGCGUGCGGUGUGGGCAUUGUUGAAAUGAACCUGAGGAGGAAUGGUCACCAUGGAAACUGAAACAGAAACUAUGUUAGAGUUAAAGUCACACAGGAUUUAUUGGCAUCGCAGCACCAAAAAGAAAAAGAAGAACCUGCAAAAGCGCCUUGGAAAAUGAUCUUCUUUGGUCAAAAGAGAAUGCAACUGUUUUGAUUUGAUGAACAAGUCAGCUUUAAAUUCUUGUCAAUAUCUUUGUGCCUUCAAGAGCAUUGCCUUUUUGAUAAAAUGCUGUUUAAUGAAGUGGAUACACCUUAAAUUUAUUGUUUGUAUUAGCUGUAUAGCUAUUUGACUGACUUCGUAACUGACUGGCUGCUUUAUCAACAGGUUUCUGCUUACAGUAAAUUUCAAAACAAAAGUCAAAGGUACAUCAUGGAGUUAGCCGAGUCAUGCAACUACAGUUUACACUUGAAUUGAAGUAAUGGGAAAAAAAUGUGCAAACAUUCUUUUCAGCUGCCAGGAUUUUCAUAAACAUAAAUCAGUCAGAGAGAGAAACUGGGGUGGAGAUGUACUCAUUGUGUUGGAACAAACUGGUAAAACAAGCUGAUGUGGUGCUACUGUCCCUCCAAACCAGGAAGCAGAGGGAAAACCUGCAGGAAAAACGCAAGCUUCCUGUUAAAUAUUUUGAAUUCUCACAGAUCAUUUGCAGUGUCCCCCCCCCGUUGUGUACAUGUUUUACAUGAUAUGAUGUAGGUAAAUCUUCAGAUGCAUGUUCCAAAGGUCAGAGAGGCAAAAUGUGCAUAUAACUCGUGGAGUAACCUCACCCAUGUCACAGUAUCUCUACAGUAUCAGGUAGCAAGAUGUUCCCGCAGCACUGUACAAAUAGUUUAUCCUCCCCAGUGUACUUUCCCUGUGCUGCGCUGCCCACUCCACCCUCUGCUCUCAUAUGUCCAUUUACACCUCCAGCUGCAGAGCAGAGGGAACAUUCAGGCACAUGGGCCUCCCGUUUAUUUACCGUUAGCUGGACAGGGGAGUGACUGGUGAGGGGACUGACUUCUGGUUGGCUGCAGUUCAUCCACAUUAAAUCUGAUUGGCUUUGACCUGUAGACAGCUCUGGGGGGAGUACGGUUUGAAACUUGAAACAGACUUGUGUCUGCUGAAUCAGUGUCAAAGGCCAGAGAAACAGAGGAUUUGUAACAGUGACAUUCUUGUGACAUGACCCAACUAGGAGACUUUAGAUCCCGUCAGACACUCGUACUCAGGCAGCACAAAAACAACACUGCUGGUAAUGAUUAACAAGACUAAGAGUCUACAGGUGUUCUAGUAGCUCUCCGGUGCACUUAAGCACACAGCAGCUUGCCUGGCUCUGUUUAAAGAUAAAAAAAUAAAGUGCCUAUUAGCACCUCUGAAGCUCAACCCCCCCGACAUCAACAUCCAUGGAGCCAUGCUGAUAAAGUGGCUAAACAUCAAAAGUUACACAAAGGCACAUGCUAUUAUAUUGUCUUUUUAUUAAUGUUACCUACUUCUCAAUAUCAUCUUUUUUAAACAGCAAUAUCCACAAAAUAUUAACAGUGUGCAAGAAAACGAGUUAUGGCACAUCAGAGAACAGUUACAAAAAAUAGAUAUAUUUUCUUCAUAAUCAAUCAAGGCAAAAAGAUACAUAUACUGUAUGCAUACACAGGAGAUCAGAACACAAAGGAUGAGUCUCUGGAAGGGCUCAGAACCAACUCAGUCAUGUCUGAUAUUAAAGUCCACCAGUGAGGAGCCUCAGCUCUCCCCGUCUGACCAGGUAUGAAUUUUGCCAGGCUCACUUUGUGUCACAGCCCCCACUGGUUUUCAUCCCAAGCCACGUGUUCUACUUUAAGACUGUUCAUUCUGUUGAUCUGAUAACCCUGAGACCAGCAUCAACAGAAUAUAGGCCACCAUAAGGCAAACUGACAAAGCAAUAAAUCAGACGAACUGUCAGCCAAGCCAGAGGUUUAGGCCUGGCUAUCUCUUAUUGUAAGCCCAACCAGCUAUGGAAUGAUUGAAAAAAUGAUUAAAAAUAAAAAGAAAAUAGCAUCUCUCAGACAUCAACAGGACAACAUCAGUGUGUGCAUGUGUGUGCUGAUAUGAUAUGCAUGCCUAUUUUAUGUUGCGUGAGUCUUCUGCAGUUGGGAAUUAGCUACACUUUGCAAAAACUGGCAAAUGAACUGUGUUUUGUUUCCCACACUCUUAAUUCAGUCAUUUCCUCAAUCGUACAAUAGUUCCAGUGCCGGGAAAGGUGAAGUUAUGCCGGGUCAGUAAUUCUGAGUAACUUCCUACCUGUCACUGUUGUUUACACUCAGGUUUCUGUUUGAGUUUCUGUAUUUCUUCAGCUUUCUUCAUCUCUAGAAAUAAGAUAAAGGAGUUUGUUUAAUUUAAAGGAAUAGUUUGACACUUUGGGAAACACGCUUAUUUGCUUUCUUGCCGAGAGUUAAAUUAGUAGAUUGAUACGACUUUCAUCUUUGUUUGCUAAAUAGAAUGCUACAGCCAGUAGGUUAGCUUAACAUAAAAA